UCCAGCGCCGUGGCAGGGCUGAGCUCCGAACCGGGACAUCAGCAGGGACAUCAGCGUGUCCCCAGCGCCGUGCCAGGGCUGAGCUCCGAACCGGGACAGCAGCGUGUCCCCAGCACGGUGCCAGGGCUGAACUGCGAGCCAGGACAGCAGCAGGGCCACCAGCGUGUCCCCAGCGUGUCCCCAGCGCGGUUCCCGUCCCCACGAUGCUGCGGCUGCUGCUGCUCGCCGGGAUCCUGGGCUGCGGGGCUGAGCAGGCAGCUCCGCUGGCCUUCACCAUGCUGCAGCUGACCCGCGUCUACAAGGGCAAUUCCAUGUUCCGGGGGAACGCCAGCCUGAAUGGGCAGCUCAGCCAUGUCCUGGAAGGGAAUAAUGUCACCCAGGUGAUCCCGCUGGAGUCCCCGGACGCCUGGGCCCGGCGGCAGGACGAGGUGAUCGCCUACCUGGGGAACUUCAGGCAGCUGGUGAUGCUCUUCAACAAGGAGAGACCCACCGAUUUCACCCAUCACCUGUGCUGCCACCUCGGCUGCCGCCUCUACCCCAAUGGCACGGCCCAGAGCUUCUACGAGGUGACCCUCAACAGGACGGCGUUCCUGAGCUUCCACGUCCCCAGUGCCACCUGGGAGCGGCGCUGGCCCGGAGAGCUCCCGGUGGCCGCCUUUGCACAGGCACAGCUGAUGAAAUACCCCAUAACCACGCAAGACCUGCAGUAUUUCCUCAACACCACCUGUGUCAGCCUCCUGCAGGCUCAGAGCGCCAGGACAGGAAGAGUCAGCGGCCGAUCGCGCACCCCGCUGGUGCUGGGGCUGGUGCUGGGCAGCCUUGGCCUGCUGGGCAUGGCCCUGGGCAUCUUCCUGUGCACGGGAGGGAGCUGCUAG